AUGAUCAAAACUCUAUGCUCUCAUCUUUUACGUAAGAACACUUCAUUCAACAAUGCAACGAGUCGAGCUAUUGUGCUGACUGCUCUAAGGCAUUCACCGAAAAGCCGCUCUGGUUACGAGUCAGAAACGGCUGAAAUUCAAGACUCUCUCCGGCAGUUUUCACUAUCCGAGAACUAUGCAUUCAAAGACGAUGAGGAGGACAAACCGCAGGCAAAGCUGUCCAAUUCGAUGCCACUUCGCAGUAAAAAGGACAAGUCAGAGCAUGUUCGCUUCAGUGAGUUUGUCGACUACCGCCGGGUAAAGGUGAAGGGCGGCAGUGGUGGAGAUGGCAAGAUUUGCUUCCUCUCGCUCAUGUCCAAUCCAAUGGCUGGUCCCAGCGGUGGCGAUGGCGGCAACGGCGGACAUAUCAUCUUUGAAGCCUGCAAAGACGUCAAAUCGUUGAACAAUGUCAAGUCACACUACACGGGACUUCUUGGAGAGAGAGGCGAACACAAGGACAUGAAUGGAGCAAACGCUGAACACCUGUUUGUCAAAGUUCCCGUCGGAACUCUGGUGAAGGACGCUUUUUCCGGGCGGUUAGUAGCCGAUAUGAACGACCACGGCGUCAAGUACCUGGCAGCAAGAGGUGGCGCAGGUGGAAAGGGCAACCACUACUUUCUCAGCAAUCAAAAUCGCCAUCCUCGAGUCGCCGAAAUGGGCGCUAAAGGCGAAGAAAAGGAGCUGAUUUUGGAGUUGAAAAUGAUUGCCCAUGCUGGACUGGUCGGCUUUCCUAACGCCGGCAAAUCGACGCUUCUCAGCGCCGUGUCAAGGGCAAAGCCUAAGGUAGCCAGCUACCCUUUUACCACGCUAAAGCCUUCAGUGGGCAUCAUUCACUACGAUGACGGCGAACAGCUGGCCAUAGCAGACAUGCCCGGGCUAAUUGAAGAGGCUCACCUGAACAGAGGCCUUGGAAUUGGCUUUUUGCGGCACAUUGAACGGUGUGUCUGCCUCUUCUACGUAGUCGACAUUUCCGCCAGUGAGCCCUACCAGCAGUUCAAAGUGCUGGUUAACGAGCUGACGCAGUACAAGGACAACCUCGCCACCAGACCGACUGCAGUGAUAGUCAACAAAAUGGACGUCGAAGGGGCAGAGGAGAAGUUGGCCGACUUUACGCGACAGCUUCAGCAGGACAGCCUGUCUCACCUGAGGGUCAUUGCAAUUUCCGCCAAGUACGGCCAGAAUUUGUCUGAGCUGCUGAUCCAUUUUCGUGAACUGUACGACAUUUACCGGUUUGAGAAGUUUCACAAAGAUCUGUGA